AUGUCGUCAGAAGGGCCGCAGGACGCAGAAGACCUGCCUUGCCCUGUUGCUUACUAUGGCUCCGCAGACAGCAGCAGGGAGGACAGGGCACAUAACCACAUAAACCACCAGCUCCCGACUCCCUCCGCAGGUCGUUGGGUCGGAGCUGACCACAAAGAAGAAGCACUCCGGAGGAAACUAAAGUAUUUCUUCAUGAGUCCUUGUGAUAAAUUUCACGCUAAGGGCCGCAAGCCUUUCAAACUGAUACUACAACUUCUCAAAAUUGGCAUUGUCACUGCACAGUUGGUGUUGUUUGGCCUCAGUAACCAGGUGGUGGUCACUUUUAAAGAGGAAAACACAAUGACUUUCAAACACUUAUUUCUCAAAGACUACGAUGAGUCGACUGAUGAUUCAUUUGCGGUUUACACACAAAAUGACGUUUAUGACCACAUGCUCUAUGCUGUAGACCAGUACUUGGCCUUACCUGAGACCACGAUCGGGCAAUAUGCCUAUGUCUAUGGUGCUGGUGUGAACAGUACAGCGCUGCUCCUGUGCCAGCAGUACUACAAAAAAGGACAUAUCGAUCCCACCAAUGACACUUUCGAUAUAGACCCUCGUAUACAAACAGAAUGUGUUGGAGUGAAUCCUAUGUCGCUUCCUUCACUUCCACUAACCGACACCUACAAGAACUUCACCCUUAAGUUCCACAAACUCAUUAACGUCACCAUCCAGUUCCAGCUGAAGGCGAUCAACGUGCAGACUAUCAUCAACAGUGAGAUCCCAGACUGCUACACCUUUUCAAUUACAAUCGUUCUUGACAACAAAGCUCACAGUGGCAAAGUGAAGAUUUGGUUGGAGAAUGAUGUGUCUAUAAAAGUUUGUAAGGAUCCAAGUGUCUCAGGACAAGCUGAGAACUACUCUCGUGUGGCAUUUGAUAUCAUUGUGGCAGUGGUGUGCCUGUUGUCACUUCUCCUGUGUGGGCGCUCCAUAAUGAGAGGGAUUAUACUCCAACAAGAGUUUGUUCAGUUUUUCAAAGAGUGUAUGGAUCGUAAAGUGUACUGGUCAGACCGGCUGGAGUUCAUCAACACCUGGUACAUUCUCCUCAUAAUCAGCGAUAUAUUCACCCUCAUUGGCACAUUUAUCAAAAUUGGAAUAGAGUCCAAGAAUUUCGCAACCUAUGAUCUUUGUGGGAUACUUCUGGGAACCUCGACUCUCCUCGUGUGGGUCGGGGUAAUUCGUUACUUGACAUUUUUCCAAAAAUAUAACAUAUUGAUCGUUACCCUCCGUGCCGCCUUCCCCAAUGUCAUACGGUUUUGCUGCUGUGUGGCUGCCAUCUAUCUCGGUUAUUGCUUCUGUGGCUGGAUUGUCCUUGGACCAUAUCACAUGAAGUUCCGUUCUUUAUCGAUGGUGUCUGAGUGCCUCUUCUCCCUCAUCAAUGGAGAUGACAUGUUUGUGACGUUCGCGGGCUUACGAGAGAGCAGUACUUUGGUGUGGCUCUUCAGCCAGGUGUAUCUCUACAGUUUUAUCUCCCUCUUCAUCUACAUGGUGCUGUCGUUGUUCAUCGCUCUCAUCACAGGAGCAUAUGAGACAAUCAAGCAUCAAACCCAGGAGCCAAUCCACAUCACAGACCUGGAUGCUUUCAUAGCUGAAUGCACGGAUGCACCGAGCUCAGGAAAGUUUCGGGGACUGGAAACUUCCCCAUGUUCAUUCUUCUGCUGCUGUGAUAGAACAACGACAUAUGAAGAUGUCCUUCUGGUGAACUGA